AGAACCACUUUUCUUACGUAAUAACAGGCUGUAAAAUAGCUGCAGCGAGUAUAGAGCGUCAGGGACUUGUCGAGGAGCGAGUAAUUGUUAUAUUUACAUUGUUCAUAAUUAAUUUCCGGCUUUGUUAAAAUGGCGUUAGCAUCGAUCUGCCGGGUAGGACGACUGUCAAUUGAUUCGACCUUCAGCCGCUUGGGAGUUGCCGUUUGCAGUAGUCCGUCGUUCUCUUCGUCUCUGAGAAACUUUGCUUCUAAAGCUACCAAAAUGGGAUUGCCACGAGUUUAUUUUGAUAUGACCGCCGACAAUAAGAAAGUUGGCCGCAUCGUUAUGGAGCUAAGGAGUGAUGUUGUACCUAAAACGGUUGAAAACUUCCGAGCACUAUGCACGGGAGAGAAGGGAUAUGGCUACAAGGGUAGCAGCUUCCAUAGAGUGAUCCCCAACUUCAUGUGCCAGGGUGGCGAUUUCACCAAUCACAAUGGUACCGGUGGAAAGUCCAUUUACGGAACCAAAUUUGAGGACGAGAACUUCAUUCUGAAGCAUCUCGAGCCUGGUACCCUUUCCAUGGCUAAUGCCGGUGCUAACACCAAUGGCAGUCAAUUUUUCAUCACCACCGCUAAGACAAGCUGGCUUGACAACAAACACGUUGUCUUUGGCAAAGUCGUCGAGGGAAUUGAUGUUGUUAAGAAGCUGGAAGGUCUGGGUUCGCAGAGUGGCAAGACCUCUGCAAAAAUCAUUAUCACCGAUUGCGGAGAGCUGUAGAUCUUCAACUGGAAUACUCAAAUGACUGUUUGCAUUUUAGUUCACCAGUUGCAUAUGAAACUAUCAUCAUCCUUAUCUACAAUACUGAAUACUAGGCAGACGUAUAAACGAGACUGAAUUUAAGAUCAUGGGUGAAAGGUGGCUGCCUAUUAUACGACCUCAACAAUGUUGAGUUCGAGACUCACAAUCAGAAGAUGAAACUGGCACCAGUGAGAUUACGAAGAAAGUAGCCGUCUUAUUCAACCUCCAUUAUGUCGCAUUUAUUAUAGUAAAGUUGAAGUGUCGAAUGUCCAAUAAAUAACUGUCUUUCCCUGAUAAAAGCGCACACUAGGAAGUCUUGAAACUGUCAUUCAUAUUUCGAGUUCACUUUAGCACACCUUGAUUAAAUACGUAUUUCAAUUUCAAAAUUGUUCAGGUGGUUCUUAACGUGAUCCUGUUUUACGUCUGCCUCUUAUGCUGAUACUGUCACUUUACUUCAAAACUUGAUUGUACUUUUUACACUUGAUUUAUUGGGUCCAAUAUAGAUGCACUCUUCAUGAGCUUGUUAGGGUUUUUUGAUUAGAUAUCUACUUACCUCAACAUGACGUUGAUACGAUCGAAUUCAGUUACAGCGACAGUAAUGCUUACUUCGCUGCAGUUAAAUAUCAAGUGUAAGUAAUAAGUGGUGUUCAAAGAUAGCGCAGGUUGAAUUGCGCUUGAAUAAAUACCCAAUAUUGGAGAGUGUUAUUGAAUUGAUCCAACGAUUCCAGUAUCUAUAAAGUAAAAAUUGUUUUCAGAAAAUGCAAAA